CGCGGGAACCUGAACGGGGACCCGAGCCGGAGCGCGAGUGUGCGCGGGGCCCGGAGCGGAGGACGCCGUGCUGCUGAGCCCGGCCGCCGCCCGCGGGCCCCAAGCGGAGCGCAGCUGGGUGCCACAAGAUUUGAGGCGGUGGGACUUGUCAGCAGAAUGUCUUCUCUCCCUUUGAGCAACACAGAGGCCACCAAGAUGAGCACCACAGCCGGGCCCAGGUGUCAAUAGCUGGGAGCCACAGCCCGCCGCAGGUGCGAUGUUGUACUAGGCACAGAGCGGCGAGCUCAGGUUCCACAGACCCGGAUUGCACGGCACAGUCACCGUGGAGAGGCCAGGGUACCACAAACUUAUGGAUUUUGACAAGAAAGGAGGGAAGGGGGAGUUGGAGGAGGGCCGGAGAAUGUCCAAGACCGGUGGGAGUCGGACCAGCCACAGCGUCCGCUCGGGAAACAGUUCGGGGGUCCUGAUGGUGGGCCCCAACUUCAGAGUCGGCAAGAAGAUAGGCUGUGGAAACUUCGGGGAACUCCGCCUAGGAAAGAACCUGUACACAAACGAGUACGUGGCUAUCAAACUGGAGCCCAUCAAGUCCCGGGCCCCGCAGCUGCACCUGGAGUACCGCUUCUACAAGCAGCUGAGCACCGCAGGUACGCCGGGGCUGGUGGGCACAGGGAGGACGGUCCCGCAGUCCCAGGGCUCGGUGCCAGUGCUCCCGUGUGCUCCUGCAGAGGGCGUCCCUCAGGUCUACUACUUCGGCCCGUGCGGGAAGUACAACGCCAUGGUGCUGGAGCUGCUGGGGCCCAGCCUGGAGGACCUCUUUGACCUGUGCGACCGCACCUUCACGCUCAAGACGGUGCUCAUGAUUGCCAUCCAGCUGAUCACGCGCAUGGAGUACGUGCACACCAAGAGCCUCAUCUACCGCGAUGUGAAGCCGGAGAACUUCCUGGUGGGCCGGCCGGGCAGCAAGCGGCAGCACGCCAUCCACAUCAUCGACUUCGGGCUGGCCAAGGAGUACAUCGACCCCGAGACCAAGAAGCACAUCCCGUACCGCGAGCACAAGAGCCUGACGGGCACGGCGCGGUACAUGAGCAUCAACACGCACCUGGGCAAGGAGCAGAGCCGCCGCGACGACCUGGAAGCGCUGGGCCACAUGUUCAUGUAUUUCCUGCGAGGCAGCCUGCCCUGGCAGGGGCUCAAGGCUGACACUCUGAAGGAGCGCUACCAGAAGAUAGGGGACACCAAGCGAGCCACGCCCAUCGAGGUGCUGUGCGAGAGCUUCCCAGAGGAGAUGGCCACCUACCUGCGCUACGUGCGGCGCCUGGACUUCUUCGAGAAGCCGGACUACGAUUACCUGCGGAAGCUCUUUACCGACCUGUUCGACCGCAGCGGCUACGUGUUUGACUACGAGUACGACUGGGCCGGGAAGCCCCUGCCGACGCCCAUUGGCACCAUGCACACUGACCUGCCCGCGCAGCCUCAGCUUCGGGACAAGGCCCAGCCACACAACAAAACCCAGGCAUUGAACUCUACCAACGGCGAGCUGAACGCAGACGACCCCACAGCCGGUCACUCCAAUGCCCCAAUCACGGCCCCCGCAGAAGUGGAGGUGACGGAUGACACCAAGUGCUGCUGCUUCUUCAAGAGGAGGAAGAGAAAAUCUCUGCCGCGGCACAAGUGAGCGGACGCCCGCGCUCCCAGGCUGGAGGCUGGCGGGCCGGGCCGAGGCGGCCCGAUGCCGAGCCAGGGCGCCCGCAGGGGCCGCACCCCCUGGACGUGGGGUCACCCCUUCACGUAAGACUGGCCGAAAUGCGCGCGCCUCGCCCCCUGGAACGCUUGCGGCUUCCCGGCUGGAGGAGAGCGAGAGCGAGGCCUCCUAAAGUCCAGCUUGUCCCCUCGAUCCAAAGGCCAUUUUCUCGAGGGGCAGGCGGGGUGUCGGGGUCGCCGUGGGCAGGCUGCCCGCCCCACAAACCAAAGGGGAGGCGACAGGAUGCACCAAAGUCGGCCGGGGCGGAGCGGGGCGGGCCAGGGCGUCCCGCCCUACAGUGUACAGAAAUGGCAUUCAUGUUUCUCUGACGCUUCUCUGAAGCCAUAGGACUUAGGGGCUUUCUUAAAAAAAUAAAAGAAAAAGGAAACUA